AUGUCUUCUCGUCGUGAGGCUGACUCGGAGGAUAUCUUUGGUGAUCGUUCACAAGCUUCUCGAAACAACGGUGACAAUGAUGACAAUGAUGAGGUCCGCGAAGAGAUUUUCGGUGAUGAGCCAGAAAUUGAAGAAGAGGACGGAGAGGAUCUGUUCGGCGAUGAUAUGAUGAGGGAUUAUCGCGAACAACCUGAGCUGGAUCGCUUCUCGGAAUCUGGCCUCGAUGAUGCAUCAGAUGCUGACGAAGAUGAUCCAUCUGCAAGAAGGAGAGCCGAAGAGGAGAUGAAUCGACGAGAUGGAGCUGUGGAUUAUGGAGAACUUCUCUUCGGAGACAUUGAAGAGGGAGAGCGAGCUACUCGACGGCAGCGUGAUCGAGGGGAUGAAGAUGAAGGAGAACAAAUGGAAGACUUGGAGAUCCCAAUCGAUAUCAUUGAGAAUAUGCGUAGUCGUUCGGCCAAGGAUCAUAUGAGCGAUGAAGCGGUUGGGAGAGAAGUUGAACGAAGAUUCAAAAAUUUUCUUCGAUCUUUCAAGGAACCGGAGGAAAAGAAACCCAAAUAUGUGGAGGCUAUCAAACAACUUGCUGCCGACAAUAAAGAAUCUCUUACGGUGGAUUACGGAGAUUUGGCCCAUGAUUCUGGUGAACAAAACAUUGCUUACUUCUUGCCAGAAGCUCCCGUCCAGGUUAUUGAAAGGUUGAACAAAGCGGCCACUGAAGUUGUGCUCUCCAUGUUUCCUUUUUAUAAGAACGUGUGUGCUGAAGUCAAAGUCCGUAUUCGCAAUCUUCCAAUUGAAGAGGAUAUUCGCAUGUUACGACAGAUUCACUUAAAUAUGUUGGUUCGAACCACGGGAAUUGUUACACAGACUACUGGAAUUCUGCCUCAACUUUCCAUUGUGAAAUAUGAUUGUGGCUCGUGUGGAUAUCUUCUUGGGCCUUUUUUCCAGCAUCAAAACGAAGAAGUCAAACCAAGCAUUUGCCCAUCCUGUCAAAGCAAGGGACCCUUCGAACUCAAUAUGGAGAAUACUAUUUAUCAAAACUUCCAACGGAUUGUCAUUCAAGAAAGCCCAAAUAAGGUUGCGGCUGGCCGUUUGCCACGAAGCAAAGAUGUGGUCUUGCUUGGUGACUUGUGUGACAGCUGCAAACCGGGAGAUGAAAUUGAUAUUACCGGAGUCUACACAAACAAUUAUGAUGGAUCGUUGAACAAUAAACAAGGCUUCCCUGUUUUCACCACGCUCAUCCAUGCAAACCACAUCUAUAAUCGAGACAAAGUAGAGGAAAAUCCUUUGACCGAUGAAGAAUUGAAGGCUAUUCGUGAGCUGGCGAGCGAUCCUCGAGUUGCUGAACGAGUGUUUGCUUCAAUUGCUCCAUCAAUUUAUGGCCACGAAGAUGUCAAACGGGCCAUUGCUUUGGCUCUUUUCCGUGGCGAGGCCAAAAAUCCCGGUGAAAAGCAUCGUUUGAGAGGUGAUAUCAAUGUGUUGUUGUGCGGAGAUCCCGGUUGUGCAAAGUCACAAUUUCUGCGAUAUGCACAACAUGUCGCGCCUCGAGCUGUGCUAACUACAGGACAGGGAGCUUCGGCUGUCGGAUUGACUGCUUAUGUUCAACGCCACCCGGUGACACGUGAAUGGACUUUAGAAGCUGGAGCCAUGGUGCUUGCUGACAAAGGAGUAUGCUUAAUCGACGAGUUUGACAAAAUGAAUGAUCAAGAUCGAACAUCUAUUCACGAAGCGAUGGAACAACAAUCUAUUUCAAUAUCAAAAGCAGGAAUCGUCACUUCUUUGCAAGCAAGAUGCACAGUUAUUGCUGCAUCCAAUCCAAUUGGCGGCCGAUAUGAUCCCACGCGCACCUUUGCCGAGAAUGUCGACUUGACCGAGCCAAUUCUAUCGCGAUUUGACGUGCUAUGCGUUGUUAGAGAUAUUGUUGAUCCCGUUGAAGAUGAAAGAUUGGCUCAAUUUGUUGUUGGAAACCACAUCCGUCUUCAUCCAGCGAACCAAGGCGAAGAGGAAGAAGCUGAACAUGAGCAAGAACAGACUCAAAUCGAUCGGAAAACGGGACUCCGCUUGAUUUCACAAGAUCUUCUCCGCAAGUACAUCGUUUAUGCCCGUGAGCACAUUCAUCCAAAGUUGAACGAAUCACAUGGACAAAAGUUGGCUGAUCUCUAUGCGCAAGUUAGGAAGGAAUCAAUCGCUACUGGAUCCGUUGUAAUUACGGUUCGAAUGGUUGAAUCAAUGAUUCGUUUGUCAGAGGCGCACGCAAAAAUUCAUUUAAGGAGCUAUGUCACUGACAGUGACGUUCAGAUGGCAAUGAGGAUUAUGCUGGAGUCGUUCAUUAACACUCAGAAAGCUAGCGUUAUGCGACAAAUGCAAAGAAACUUCUCCAAGCACCUCACUUCCAACAAAUCUCCCACCGAAUUACUUCUCUACCUUCUCAAACAAAUGGCUCGGGAGCAAAUGUGUUACGAAUCGGCUCGUGCGGGUGGUGACGGACAAAUGCGCACACUUAAGAUUCCAGAAGCUCAGUUCCUUGAGAAGGCCCGCCAACUUCGAAUUGAGAACGUUCGUCAAUUCUACAAUUCGGACCAAUUUGCAGGAAAUCGCUUCAGUUAUGACGAGAAACGUAAAGUUAUUGAACAAGCUAUUUUC